UGGCUUCCGAGAAAGCCGGGUUAUGCUGGGACAUGUUUGGUUUCUGUUUGUUGAUUUUUUCAGGUGUGUUGAACCUGCAGUCAUCAUCAUGGGGUUGAGUGGAUGUGGACAGAUCUGCAAAUGGAUCAUCAUCCUUUUCAACAUUCUCUUUAUCUUGGUUGGUCUGGCAUUAGUUGGAGGUGGUACAUAUUUGUGCAUCACUGGACCUGUGGACCUUAAGACGAAGUAUUUCAUCUUUGUGAUGGCUCUGUGUAUCGGUGUCGGAAUAAUAAUAAUUCUUGCUGCUGCUGCAGGAGAUUACGGCUCCUGCUAUGAGAACAAGUCUGCACUCUCAUCUUAUGGUGCCUUGCUGACUUUGCUCUUUCUAGCAGCCAUCAUCGGAGGAAUUGCAUCCUAUGUUAAUAACCGGGAGUUCUCGAGCCACGUUUCAGAAUUUUACGCCACCAUCUAUGCUCAGUACCUUGUUAUAGGGGAUGGGGUCAGAGCCUUCAUCCUCAAAGUGUUCCACAAUGUUUUUGACUGCUGUGGUUUGGGAGGAGCCGUGCAGACAUUAAUGGGCAGUACCAACCUCUGUCCACAGGAAACCAGCAUUCUGGGAAUCCCUGUCUCCACCUCUUCUAGUUGCCUACCUGUGAUCACCGGUGGGCUACAGGCCUCAUCAACACUUUACUUUUUUCUGGGAAUCGCUGGAGUCCUGCUCCUGGUGCUGAGCUUCUGUGCUGUGAUGUACAACCAAUUAAAGAGGAGUGGCCCCGAAUACUACCAAACACCAGCAUUCAACUACUACUAGAACACAGCGCCGCAGAUCAGCACCUUGACGACUUCUUCAUCUUUCCAGCCAUUCAGUUGAUCCAGCCAUUCCUCUCAUUUUCUCCUCAAUCGAUGCAUCCGUUUGUUUUUCUUUUUCUACUAUUGUCAAUCCUUCAUUUAUAUUCUUUCCCCUCUUCUAAUCAAGAAAUCCUUUGUACGUCGCUUCUCCUUUAUCUGUUUCUUUCUCUCACCACUUAAUUAUCUGGUUCUUACUUUAACGUAGAACUCAUAACCUCUGGAAGACUCUUUACUUUACAUGGGUUCUACUUGGAACCAUCUACAAAGGAUGUCCUUCUCUCAUCCAUUCCUCCUUUAUAUCCAUUUUUUUUUUCUUUUUCUUGGUACAUUCCUUCUUUCUAUUUUCCUUCAUUGUUUGAAUCUCCAGAACAUUGAUCUUCCGUCAGUCGAGCUGAAAUGAUACCAAGGAGCCACUGAAGAGGAGCUCAGAUUUCACACACACAUAUUCUUGUGACCAUUAAAGUGCAUGAAUUGCAUCCUGUAAUCAUUACCACACUCACAUGGACAGGGAUGAUGGAUGACUGUACUGUUUACCAGAAAUUCUGACUGCAUGAUCAUUGUUAAAUGUGCUUGCCAACAGCAUAGUGAGUUCUGUUGACCCUCCCACCUAAACUGUUAAAAAUGUCACUGUUCAGGAUCACUUAAUGAACCGAUUUCACUUUGGGAGUGUGUGUAAUGCAUUACUGUUACUACGCACAGGUCAUUUUUGUACAGAUUCACAAACCCACACCCACACAUUCCUGCACUGUCUGUGGUGCAUCAUAAGUGCCAGAAUGCCGAUUUUACUUUCACUUUUAUCUUUGUUUUGUUUACAUUUUAUAGUUUAUAGUUUAGUUGUGUAUACAAAGUAACACAUUUGGCUGUGUCUGAGGGAGGAAGGUCGACGGGUUUUCAUUGCCCCUGAGCAAACGCAACCUCUGCUGUCUGGUCAAGGCACCUGCAUGAGUGGUGGUGGAUUUACAGAAUAGCACAGUGUGGCUAUUCGUACAGAUAAUGAGGGGCUACUCUGCAGUUCCCUUCGGGCAACACGAGGACGAUGCAAGCGGCAAUGAAGUUGCAGUGAGAGAGAAAAUUGGGGUAGAAAAGCCCCCCUCAAAAAUGAAAUAUAUUGUUUUAGUUUUAUAUUAGCAGUGAGUGAAAUGUUUAAUGUUACAUGACGUUUACUGUUACACAGCAGAUCUAAAAUAGCAUCCUGCUUUUUUUCUUACAUCAAUAAACAUUUAGGUGGCUUUUAAA